AUGGAUGAGGAAGAAGGUGCUGCUGAGCGUUUGGCACAUCUCUACAAUAAACUGGGUAAGUUAAUGUACGAAAAUGAUAUGAAUAUUCUAGAUGAGGAACUUUCAGAGGAAAAAAUCAUGGAAUGUCGGGUCUCUCUUAUCGGGCAACUUUUCCAACACCCUAGCGUAAAUUUCCAAGCACUCCAAACAGCUAUAAAGAAGGCUUGGAGGAAUGAGUAUGUAGAGGUCAAACCCCUCGGAAAUGGCAAGUUCAGUUUUGCAUUUCGUAAUGAAGGAGAAAAGAAUCGAGUGCUGGAAGGAGGUCCUUGGUCUUUUUCUAAUCAUUUACUGCUCUUGAAACCCUGGGAACCAGAUACUCCUCUCCAUUGUUAUGAGUUCAAGACCUGUGCCUUUUGGGUCAGAAUUUUUGGACUCCCUCUUGAAUGGAAUUCUGAAGGUAUGGUAAAGAAAAUUGCUAGCUUGAUGGGGAAGGUACUAGAAGUGAAAAUAGAUGCUCGAGGCCCUGCAGCUCAAAGAAUUGGGAAAGUGAGAGUCAAAAUGGACAUGGAUACUGAACUAAGAGUUGGACAAUUGAUGAGACACCAAAACAGGAAGGUCUGGCUUGAUUUUAAAUACGAAAGGCUGCCUUUCGUUUGUUACUCGUGUGGGAAGAUUAGACACUAUGCUAAUUACUGCAAAGACAUUCCCUACGAUGAAGGAAAAUUUACGAUAGAGUUGGGAAGUUGUUUUGGAAGCUGGCUGAAAGCUGAAACUACAGGGCACAGUCCCUUUUGGAAAGUUUUCUACAAGAAGGAAUCUAUGGUAGAAGAAAUUGAAGAGAAUAUCCCUGAAACUCCUGAGCACCAAAGGCAAAAUGCGGUUAUGGAAGAUGUUCAGCCCAUCUCUCCCAAUAUUAACUCCAAUAUACAAUAG